AUGGCUCAGACCAACCAGCUGCCGCCGCUAGUGAGCUCCUCACCGGCGGCGGUUGUAAUGGGGGCGGAUUCCAGCGGAAUCUCGGCAACUCACCGCUCGAUCGAGAUGCUUGUGGUGGUGCUGGCCGUCAUCACCAUACUCGGCGUCUUUGCAGGAAUAAUCGCCCAACUAUGUGGCGGCCGGCACUUGGAGGAUCGCGAUGUGGAAGGAUGGGUGGAAAGAAGCUGUCGAAGCUGCAUCGACGGCGGCGUCUCCACAAAGCCUCCGCCGUUGGCAAGUGAAGAACCGAAGAAGUGA